AUGUCCUCUAAAUCUAAAGCUAUGGUUCCACCAAUAAAUUGCAUAUUUGAUUACCUCCAACAGCAGACAUUAGUGACGUUUUGGCUAUUUGAACAAGUUGGGAUAAGGAUAAGAGGCAAGAUAAGCGGCUUCGAUGAAUUCAUGAACGUGGUUAUCGAUGAUGCUUUGGAGAUACCAGUGGAUCCCAAGACCGGUGUCGAAGAUAUCGAAAAGGGCAGGAAACUAGGAAAGAUACUCUUGAAAGGCGAUAAUAUUACUUUGAUUACUUCCGUAGACGAUUGA